AAUUUUGGGUAAGUCAUCAUUUCUUUUAAGUAAGAAAAGUAUCACAACAUGUCCCGCUUUGCUUUUUUCGUGUUGUGUGUCCAGGUUUGCCUGAUCCAGACUGUUCUAUGCGGGCUACCGUACGGAUACAAUCAGAUCUCUUACGCGCCCUCCGGUUACAUCGGCGGCGUCGAAAAAGUCGUCGAGAAGUACAGUGUCAGUGCACCCAGCGUCAGCUACAGUGCGCCUAGCAUCAGCGUGGGUAAAUCUAGCAUCAGUAGCGGCUACGGCGCGUCGUACGGCGGCGCCGGUUCCGGAGUGGUGAGCGCUGAAGGCAUCAUCGGCGCGUCCGGCAAGACGGCCGUCGUCGGAUCCGUGCCGGUGCUCGGCUCGGUGGCGUUCGGUGGCAAGGUGCCGGCGAAGGGCUCCGUGUCUAUCAAGGGGCAGUGUGGGUGCGGCUGCAAGGCUAUGGCUUUAAGCCAGUAUUGCGGAUGCAACCAGGUCCCCUCCUCCCCCAACAGCUGCGGCUCGUACGGCGGCACCGGCACCGGCCAGGUGGGCGUGUCCGGCAACAUCGACGCGUGCGGCAACACCUGCGUGGUCGGCUCCGUGCCCGUGCUCGGCUCCGUCGACUUCGGCGGAUGCGUGCCCGCCCGCGGCUCCGUGUCCAUCCAGGGACAGUGCGGAUGCGGAUGCAACUAAAUUUA